CACCCCCAGCUCACUGCCUGCACCCCCAGCUCACUGCUUCCCCCUUUCUGCUUUCUGGGGGGACUCAGCCCAAAACACGGGUUCAAAGCUGUGUUGCCAAAGCUGCUUUUGCUGUUGCUGCUGUAUCCCUGGGUGAUCCCUGAGGAUGGAGAUACCUGAGAGUAAACACAGAGCUGAGGUGAGGGUGGCAGCAAAGGGGGGCUGGAUGGAGCAGGCAGGAGGAGGGGGUGGCUGAAUCGAUGUCAGGGGAUCAGGGAUGAAAUCUGACAGGUCACAUUAUCACUGCCCUCCUCUCCUUAGCAGGGGCUUGUCACCCCAUGGGUGGCUCUGCUCUCUUCAGCAGCUUGGCCAUAACCUCCAGGGUGUAGCGAGCUGCAUACAGAAAGAAAAGUCUUUAUUUUAAUGUUUGAAAUAGAAAAAGAGUGAUUAAACCUAUAUAAUAAAAAUAAUUAUAUAUUAUCUCUAACAUUGUAGCUUUACUGUAGCCCUGUAGCUCCAUGAUGGCCUGGGGUUACCCCAGAGCUGUGAGAUGAUCACGUAUACCCACAUAGCUGGUGUUUUGGGGCUGUAGGAAAGGAUUUGUGUCCCAUCCCUUUGUUUUUAUUGCUGCAAGGAUUGAAAAAAAAAAUAGGUGGAGAGGAGAGGAUGGAGCCAGGGCUGGUCUGAAUUGCUCUGGAGCACAUUAAAACCAACAGUGCCAUGGGAAGGCAGAAGCAGCAUGGAUUUAUCCUGAGGACCUGCUACUGUGCAAACUUGUUGUACUUGAGCUUAUUUGCUGUUGCCACCUUCAAAAUUGCAGCCUGGUCAUGGGUAAAUGUUUUGUUAAGACUCACAUGCCAACGAGGGGUUGUUUUCCACUAUCGUAAAUCUUUGGCUGGGUUAUUGUGUGCCUGGGAUACCACGGCAAAGGAAACAGCACUGCCUCUCCAAGUAAGAGGCAAUUAAGAUUCCUUUAAAGAUUCCUUUAAAGUGACUGGCAGGGCUCUUAAAAUAGGAUAAAUGUGGGUAUCAGUGCACAGGCCAGGCUGGCUCCACACCCUCUGUGGGGUCAUGCCAAAUGUUCAGUGGGGUUGAUUUUUGCAGUGCUGUGUCCUCAGGACCCUCUUCAUCCCCCCAGCCCACGGCCCUGCAGCUCCGGCUCUUGACACCGCUCUGCUCUGAGGUUUUUGGUAUCCCUUGUCUCUCCCAGCACCACUGCUCCCCCCUUGCUUUCCCUGCCAGCAUCCCCAUCCCAUGCAACGUCUCUUGGAGGGUCUCAGAUCUGAUCCCUGCUGCCUUUUGGGCUUGCAGCAGUGGUUGUUGCCAUCCCACAAAGAUUUUCUUCCCAGCUUGGAAAAAAAAUUCCCUGAGCCCCAGGAGCUCACAGCAGCCGGAGCGAGGAAGGUUUGGGAUGCCAGGCUGGGGGUUUGGGUGUCUUUGAUGCUCUGCCAAGCCCAGGCAGUGCCUGCUGGAUCCUUUCCCUGCAGGAUGGCCCCCGGCCGCCUCCCAGGUUGCGCUCAGGCUCCGGCACGCUAUGGUUGUGCCGGGGCAGGGCGCGGCGUGGGGCUGAGCCGGCACCUGCCGGGUUCCCCUGGCGCUCCCAGCCCUGCCGUGUGUGUAACACCCGCAGGAUGGAGGCUUGGAAGAUCCUGGGGCUGUCAAUCCUGGUUGUUCUCCUCCAGGGACAACAGUACAACAGGAUCUGCCCCGCUGGUUCCUGAAAGCUCAGUGUGCCUGGAAAGCUCGGGAAAGACGGUGUGGCUGGGACUGAAGGGAUCUGUGCUGUCCUGGCUGUCUGUCUGUCUGUCUCCCUUUGGUUCCCACUGCUGAGAGUGAAUCCUUAGGGACUGCCAGUGCAUCCCUUCCUCGGGUGCUACCCAACCCUCCUUCAGUUAAAAAUAAAGGUGUGUUUUUUUGGGAUAAACUGUAGGAGAUGCUUAUUUUUCAGUGAGCAUCUUUCUUACCCAGGGAAGCUGGACCAGGCAGUGGGUGGCUCUGUGUCCCGUGGGCACGUGGAAUGGGACGGUGGGAGCACAGGAGAGGUGUCCUUGCCUCGUGUCAUGCUUUUCCCAAUCCAUAGGUUACCAUGGAAACAUAAAAGUACCAAGCCUGCUGGUCCAUGAUGCUUUGCCAGGAUGUCCUGGGAUCACCAUCCAUCCGUGCUAGGAUGGUGUGGGGGAAUUUAUAACUAGUCCCCACCUCUGUGCUUGUUCCAUGCCUUCAAAUUCCCUUUUUUCCCUUUUUUUUUUUGCUUGCUGCCACUUUGUGGAUUUACAUGACUUAAACCUGGGAAUGCUGGAGCCACUGAGGCCAUGGGGGGAGAUGGAAAUGGGUGGAUGAAGAUCCAAGGAAGAACUUCCCCCCUGGUAGGAGGGUCGGUCUGUAUGGAUGCUGCUGGCAGCUCCCAUGGUGAAACUGGGAGGCAAAACCCUGCUCCAGGUGACCAGCCACGAUGAGAGCUCCGGCCCUCGCCUGAUCCCUUUCCUGCUGAUAAAAAUGAUCAACAAGUCUCGAGGGAAGAUACUCGGGGUGCUGGCGCUGUUUCUGGUGAUGGUUUGGUACUCGAUCUACCGGGAAGACAGGUACAUACAGCUCUUUUAUUUCCCUGUGCAAGAAAACAACAAGACAACGUGUCCCCUUGGGGAGGUGGAAAAGAAAGCGGUGCAGCUCAUUGGGAACUACACAAGGGACCACCCACUGUUCUUGCAGCUGAAGGACUAUUUUUGGGUGAAGACGCCGUCGCUCUAUGAGCUGCCCUACGGCACCAAGGGAAGUGAAGACGUCCUCCUGCGCCUGCUGUCCAUCACCCACUACUCCCUGCCUGAGAGCAUCCAGAGCCUGAAGUGCCGGAGGUGUGCCGUGGUGGGCAACGGCCACCGGCUCCGCAACAGCUCCAUGGGGGACACCAUCAACACCUACGACGUCGUGAUCAGGCUGAACAACGCCCCGGUCCAUGGUUAUGAGCAGGACGUGGGCUCCAAGACCACCAUGCGCCUCUUCUACCCGGAGUCGGCCCACUUUGACCCCCGGACCGAGAACAACCCCGACACGCUGCUGGUGCUCGUGCCCUUCAAGCCCAUGGACUUCCAGUGGAUGGAGGCCAUCCUUAACGACAAGAGGAGGGUUCGGAAAGGGUUUUGGAAACAGCCCCCGUUGAUCUGGGAGGCCAACCCGGAGCAAGUGCGCAUCCUCAAUCCCUACUACAUGGAAGUAACUGCUGCUAAACUGCUCAACCUCCCCAUGAAGCAACCACGGAAGGUCAAACAGAAGCCCACCACGGGGCUGCUGGCCAUCACCUUGGCACUGCACUUCUGUGACCUGGUGCACAUUGCGGGCUUUGGCUACCCCGAUUCGGCCAACAAGAAGCAAACCAUCCACUACUACGAACAGAUCACGCUCAAGUCCAUGGCUGCAUCGGAGCACAACGUGUCACACGAGGCCGUGGCCAUCAAGCGGAUGCUGGAGCUGGGACUUGUCAAGAACCUCACCUACUUCUGAGGGCGGUGGGGCUGCACAGGGACACCGUCCCCAGGGCGAGGAGACACCAUCCCCUUCAGUGAGGGGACACAGCGCUGCCAUGGCUGGA